CCUACCACGCAUGCGCAAUAUGAGUGAAAGCGUACGUACUGGAUACACAUCAACAACACACUCAAUCGCUCCCCCAGUGUCCACCUAUUGGUAUAACCUCGGUGUUAGAAAGGGAAUGGGGUAUCUCGAAGAGUAACUACUGUUAUUGCUUCGCAACCAACAGGAAGGACUAAAUCUGCCUGAAACGACGCUUUAACGAAAGCGGAAGAAGAGAAGAGAAGUGAAACCUUGAGCUGGGGCUCCACUUUAUGGAAGUUCGCUCCAAACAGUUGACAGACGACACUCGCUUCCUGUUGUCAGUGUGGCUAUUAAUAUCCAGCGACGAGAUGUGAUGUAAGUAAGGUCGUUAACGCCAGCAGGAGGUAAACGAGCCAACUGGACCCCGCGUAUCUGGUCUCCUUCAUGCGUCUGCUGCCAGGAUGUCGUUGAGUUCAGGCGGUUGGACUCAAACCCCCGGCUACACACCGGACCAGUCCGCCGCCCUCCUCGCUCACUAUGGGGCCUCGCAGUCACAACUGGGCUGCCAAACCGUCCUCAUGGUCGGUUCGGGUGUCUGUGGCCAUUCCGGUAUUCGGCCGCUGUGUCUUCCUGGAGCAGGCGACGAAUCACUCCGCCUCCAGCUGAGCAUGGACCCGGGGAAAUCCGGUGAAUUCCGGCUGUCGCUCCAGGACAGCAGCGGGACCGGCCGGAGUGUGACCAUCGCCGACUUUGAUCUGAGGACCGAAUAUGAGGUGAAGUCACCAAAGUGCCACGAGCUGAGUUUGGCGCGCUCCACACGACCGCCAGGCUUCAACUUCCGCUGUGAGCAGGAGGCCCAGGAGUGGGCCACAGUGGUGACUUCUUCCCUAAGAGAAGCACUCAGAGUCGCCCCUCAAGAUAAUGAUCCACAGCGCCUCCUAGAUGGUCUCCAUCAUCAGAACACCUUGGCCUUGCAACGAACAGAGGAUACCUGCAUAGAGCUAACCCGAGCCAUAGAAGCAGGAGACAUGCAGUCUGCUUCUGACUUUGCUGCCACACUCGCCCGACAACGUGCCGCACUCAAGAUUCAGCCCUCUGCCAGAGACUAUGAAGACACUGAAAUCAACUUGGCUGUUGCAGUUGAAGAUUCGUCUUCGUCCUGUUGUGUCACUGUGAAGGUUUCCCUGCAUAUGACUACCGCAGCACUAAAAACAGGCAGGUUAAUGUUUCUUGAGUAUGGCUUUCACCCGCGGGUGAAGCGCUGGGUGAUUGGCCAGUGUCUGUGCACCGACCAGCGCUCUCUGGCUUCAUACGGGGUUCGCCAGGACGGCGACACAGCCUUCUUGUACCUCCUGUCAGCCCGUCAUGCUCGCUUGACCCUCCAAGUCCUCCAGCAGGACCAGGAGAGUGCCCUCCUCCUCAGUUCACCAUCCUUGUCUCUCCCCCACUUCCUCCCCACUGCUACCUCUGCAAAUAGCCCCUCAUCCCUGGACCGGAGGCCUUACGUCACCCUGCCUACAAAACUCCAUACCAGCAGCAACACUGGUGGGACAGAGAGAGGAAACAUCAAUGAGAUCAGCGAUCUCAUCAACCUGGAGAUGUCUCAACUCAAUAAGGCACUGAGCCCCAGCACAGCCUCCACCCAGGGUUGGUCGUGCCCUUCUUGCACUUACAUUAACAAACCAACACGGCCGGGCUGUGAGAUCUGCAGUACAAACCGCCCAGACAGCUACGUCAUCCCUGGGGGAUACCGACCAGAUGCACUGGAACUCAGACGGAUCCAGCAGGAGAAGGAGGCUGUCAGACAGUACCAGCAGGCAAGGGAAAAGGAGCGCAGGGAGAAUUUUGCCCGGCUAGUGAUGAUGGACGGCCAAGACCUGCUGCCUAACCCAGAGUCUGUGGACUGUAGGAUCUGCUACGUGGACCUGAAGCCUGGAGAGGGUGUCCUGCUGAGGGAGUGUCUCCACUGCUUCUGCAGAGAGUGCUUACGUUCAGUCAUCAUGCUGAGUGAGGAGCCGGAGGUGGCCUGUCCCUACAGAGAUGACACGUAUUUCUGUGCCUGCUCCCUGCAGGAGAGGGAGAUCAGGGCGUUGGUGCCAGCAGAGGAGUACGAGCGCUGGCUGCAAAGAGGUCUGUCGGUGGCAGAGUCUCGAUGUGAGGGCAGCUACCACUGUGCCACCCCGGACUGUCCGGGCUGUUGUGUGUACGAGGACACGGUCAAUGUCUUCCACUGCCCCGUCUGCAGGAAACACAACUGCCUGAUUUGCAAGUCCAUCCACGAGGGAAUGAACUGCAAGCAAUACCAGGAUGAUCUUGCAGCCCGCGCUAUAAAUGACUCUGCUGCCAGGGAGGCCGACACAGCCUACUCAAGACUCUGGUGCAGUCCAGGUGAGGCAAUGCACUGUCCCAGUGUGGCAUUAUUGUGCAGAAGAGAGGAUGGAUGUGAUUGGUUGCGCUGCACUGUCUGUCACACUGAGAUCUGCUGGGUAACAAGAGGACCCCCGCUGGGGACCUACAGGCCCUGGAGACACAGCGGAGGAUGUCGCUGCAACAUCAACAAUCAGAAAUGCCAUCCUAAAUGCCAAAACUGCCACUGAGAAUCUCAAGAGCGGUCAGAUUGUAGAAGGGAAUGAAAGGACUCAAAGUGGAAUAAACUAUCCUCGAGAAAAAGUUUUAUUUAGGUCAAAACUGCGGGAUUGUUAUAUACAAUGCAUCCUCCUUGUUAUAACUGGAAGCAUUCUCAAUUUCCUCUCAGCAAAUGUCUAACCAUCGCUUGUUUUCCUGGGCUUUUCAGUGCAGUCAGGAUAACAAUUAUACGUUGACUAUUUAGCUCUGCCUCUCACACAUAUUGACAUGCAGGUGUGUGAAUGAAGUCAGUAUUCAGUAUAAAUAAAAUGUCCACAUCCGGCUGCAAUGGCGAUAUGUUUGUUUACAAGUAUGCGGAGGAAGAUUUUGUUCUCAAUGAUUGCACUGCAAAUAUAGCAAUACAGGUGUGUCGUUUUCAGUUUUUGGUAGUUACAUACCGGAUCGCAAGUGGCCUUAUUCUUGUGCACAAAAGCUGUAGCAGGGUGUUUAUGAUGACGUUUUAUGAUGAACUUGACUAAAUCAAUGUUGUGUUUCUUGAUAUGCAAUUUUCUGCAUAGUAUGUAGUUAUGUAUGGUUCUAUUUCUUGCGUGAAAGUCUGACUGCAUGUAUGCCUUAGCUACCAAAGAGGUGUGUGUCUGAUUGUUAAUCUGUUGUUUAACCACCUGACUGCUGUUUGCAUUAACAGGCGGUGCAGAAGUCACUGAGGUGCUGCUGACCAGCUGUGUAGCAGAGCGUAUUGAUUAAUAGUCAAAUGUUAAUUUGCAAUACUUGAAUACUUUCUGAGAAGGCACAUGUAAACACGUUUAGUCAAUAAGCUAAUAUUCCUGUUAAGGAGCUGGCGAUGCAUAUGGUGACUUAACAGCUUUUUCCCCUUUUUUUGUUUAGGAGAAAGCUUUGUAUCCAUGGUAACAUUUUCUUAUUCAUCUAUACAUGAAUUUGUUAUCCUAAUUCAUAAGUGGGAGAACCACAGCGUACUCUGUAUCACCUUAACCAGGAUAAGAGCAUGUCGGCUCACCAACUGCACUCCCUGUUCAGACUCUUCCCUCGACUCCACUACUGCCCCCACUGACGAGCCACGAAUAGGUCUUCACUGUUACUUGUGUUAGAAUAUCAGCUCUGUGUUGCUGAUGUACAGUUGUGCCUUAAUUAUCAAUAAAUAAUAUUUAACCUCA